AUGCCCCCGAGAACGGCAGAGGCGGCCACCAAAAUGCCCCCAAAGGCGCCAGUACGUAGGCCAGCUCGAGCAAACCCCGGGAAGACCCCGGACGAGCUCGCAGACGACAUUGGAAAGCUGGCCAUCACCAAGCCAGAGCCCAAGGCACGAGCAACAGGUCCCAAAGCUGCUUCCUCCAAGACUUCUAUACCGCCUACAAGGAAGACCCCAGCACCUGCGACGGCAAAAGGCAAGGGUAGAGCGAAAGAGCCUCUAGCAGAGACCAUCCCCUGGGCAUGUGCGGCCGCGGCAGACAACUUCAAGCCAGUGGAACGUGCCUCACAGGCUAUGCAGGCUGUCAACACGAGCCUCAAGUCUAUAUCGCAAGCUGAGGCUGCGGGAUACAGAUAUGGGCAGGGAAAGGUCGUCGAGAGGGAAGGAGGAGAUUGGACAGAUGAAACAGCGGACACGACGGCAGAGCUCAGUAUGGUGGGCUUUGCGGUUCUGAGAGAGCUUGAUAAGGAGGGGGCGAUUGGCAAAAAGGGUAUAGAAGUGGAGAGAGUGUGUCAGGUGAUUGUGCACAAGAUGCUGGUCAUUGGAAUGACGAAGCAAGCCAUAGAGAUCUUGUGCAAAACCAAAUCGGCCUUAUUCCGGCUGUACUCUCCCAUCGAAUCUGAACCUUCUUCUUCCGAGCCGAAGCCUCCUACGACCUCGGCAAGCUCGUCACGUACGACAGUACGCCCAGCUGCCAAGGCCCCCGCUCGCCCCACGCCUGCCAGCUCUUCCAAGGCCCCCGCUUCUGUGGAAGGUGAUGUCGCUGUGCCUGCGUCGUGGCUAGAUACAGCCUCUUAUCCAUCUCCACGUGAUGGCUCGGAGAUACCCGAUCUUGUGCGAUCACUACUAUUCUCGGCGGUGCUGUCCUCUUGGACCAGCUUAGUCUCUUACUCGCAGGGGUCGGAAGAGGUCAUAGGCGCUCUUUGGAAGUCCCAUUCCGACCACUCAUCGUUCAUCAGCCCUCUCGUUCUCGCACGAUCACUAUCGCGCCCCUCCAUCACCCCUGCGCUAUACGCAUUCUACCGAGCUGUCAGCAGCCUUGCACCUCCUGCAACUUCCCCUAUCUUCCUACCCAUACGACGUAUAGCCCUCUUUGCUCUGUCACUCACCAUCACAGCUACUGCCGAGUCUAAAAACUCUCCUACACAGCUAUGGGAGACCACACACAGGAUCGUAGCGGCAGUGGUGAACGCGAGAAAGGACGAGGCGCGGUUGAGCGAAGCCACCGAGGCUGUCUUGAGCGUUGUCGAAUGGGUCGAAAAGAUAUUGGAGGCCAGGGGCGAGGAUGGAUCUGGGUGGUUCAGUGGAAAGGGGUGGUCAGGGCUGGCUGAUAUGUGGAUUGCCCUCGGGCGAAAGCUGGGUGAUUCGAAUGUAAUCGACAAAGCCUUGUCUCUCAUGGCCGCUUCAGCUUCCUUCUCAUCACCCGUGUCCACUCCCAAGAAGAAUGGGAUCUCACCCGCCCCGUCGACUCCUCAAGCUGCGCCGUUAGCCAAGUUCGAAGGUCAACCGGACACCGAAGUGACACGGAUUCGAGGUGUGCUCGCUAAAGCCAGUCUAUCGAUAGACAAGAUAUUGUUGGAAGCCUCCCCGCCCUCGUUACCUUUGGAGGGCCUAUCGCGUCAAGAGUUGUCCAGUUUGGGCCAAGCUUUGGGUAUGCUUUCGGAGGAUGAAGAUACCAAGGUGUUGGUGGAAAGAACUGUCAGAGCAUGGGAGCGGACAAGAAGGGGUUGUGUCAAGUUGUUUGACAAAUUUGGGAGUCAGGAAGAGUGGAAGAGUGUCCUGAAGGAUAUAGAAAGUUGGUCUGUGGCGGCUGUUGGGCUCGCCGAAGGGGUCAGCGGGCGUGUCAAACUCGAUCCUUCACUAGCGCUGCAUAUCGUUUCAGGAUCGAUAGACACCAUUGUCGUUCUCUCACAACGCAAUGCUUCUAACUCCUAUUCUCUACUCUGCCGCGGCUAUGGUCUCUAUCAGCAAAACAAACCCUGGACGUCACCGUCAGACCACAUUAAUUGGCUUCGCUGCCUGUCUACCUCUGCGUAUAAUAUCGGCGGCAAACUCUUUACAGAGGGCGCAGCAUCUGACGCAACACCUCUCAUACAAGCUAGCUGCGAAUGGGGAGCGGAGGCUGUAGAAAUCGGGAAAAGUGUGGGCGACACAGACAAGGGGUUGCAGCAUUUGCAGGAAGGGCUAUCGAAGAGGUGGGAAUGGCUGGCUGGAUGUCAACAGAAAGCGGGGGAUAAGAAGGCGCUGUUUGCUUCUUAUGCCGAGUGCUUUGCUUCUCAGCCCCCGUCCCUCUUGACCUCCUUGUCUUCUGCGUCCUCUCAGCCUGUCUCUGUGAUUCUCAAACCCUUCCCUGAUCUCCACAAUACUCUCCAGCGGGUGUCCACCUUCAUAUUCUAUGAUCCAUCUCAGGCUGUCUCUUUCGGCACAGAUGUUGUCGAGGCCAUGGGCAAGAGACUCCAACCUUUUGAGGCAGGGGCGAUCGGUGAGAAGCUCAUGGAAACAAUCGAAGAGGGCGCUUGGAAAGGGGAAGUCGCGGAAAUAGCAUUGGAUAUUGGGGAAGGGCUUCUGGGGCUGUAUGAUGGACAGUAUCCUCUGAGAAGGCUUCGCGUCAUUGCUCGUAUGUUGAAGAUUACUGUCGCCUCGGGCCAACGAGCAGCACAAUUCCUAGACCUAGUGGAAGAGGCGGAUCGCCUCUACUCUCAAUCUGCUGUUAAAGAGGACGCCCUUUUGGAAGUCUACAAGAAAGAGUACUACGCGUAUAUCUUGAUCCUUCGAGCUUUACAAGCGUACCACUCUACCUCUGAACCGUCUGCCUCUGUACUCCAGCAUCAACAACAGAUCCACCAGCUUCUACGGGAGCUGAUCCUUCCUCCGACACCUGUUGUCGUGCAAGAUGAAGGUGUCAAGAAACGACAGCCUCUGGGGCGGGCGACUACCACCAGGGCCGCGCCCACCAGGUCAACGAGGAGCGCGCAGCGGACAGUCUCUGAGCCGCAGAAGAAGCCUAUGGCGACAACCAGGGGGGUACCGGCGAAGAAGGGGAAGAGCGCCGCGGAGGUGGGGACCAAAGCCGUUGCUUAUGACGACUUGAAGCGUCUUACACACUUGAUUUCAUCGUUGGCAACCCUUCUCGGGCUUCUGGGCAUGUCUCUUGCGCAAGUGGAGGUGCUGAAACUGUUGAGAGCUUUGCAAAGAAAUCGAGACCCCUUGUUCAGCGGCUACAUUGACGCUUCUGCUCAACUUGCCACUGAAUACCACAAGCUGGGGAAGAUCUCGCGAGCAGGAAGCGUCUUCACCCAAGCACAUAACGCUUUGCAAGAUAGCAAAGUGCUCGUGGACGAUAGCGUGCAAGUGGAGCUAUUGCUGAGGUGGUGUUGCUAUCUGGCCGACACUGGAGAUGUCGCCAAGGCCCGAGAGAUGUAUGCCAAAGCACAGAAUAUCGAUCGCCACAUUGAAGACUCCAAGGAUAAAUCGCGCUCUCUCCAUCUGCAGAUCAUCACUCGUUGUGUCACGUUGGAAAGAGCUGCUUGGGCCCGUACUGCUACUGCAGCUAUCAAUGCUGCUGAGGACAAUUCCUCCGCUGCCAUUAUGCAGCUUUCCGCAGCAUUUCGUCUUUGGACUCGCGCUUCUGACAAUAUAUGCCGGAUAGCCGAGGAAGAGGUCCCCGUCAUUGUCAAUCGCACAACUCCUGAUGAUCCUUUCCUUGACGCACCCAACUCAAACCGCCCCACUGGAGCAGAUGAACCCGCCAAAGACGACCGACCACCCCCCCCACCACAAGCGUCCAGCUUCUCUCUGAAACAUCUGGACAGCCUUCAGUGGCACGUCGCUGUCGGGCUUUUGAACACCACGUUUGACCUGGCUUCGGCUUUUGCUGCGAGAGGCUCGGUCAAGGACGUGGAGUACUUCUUGAAAGUCGCUGGUCAAGUCAGCGCCGUAGUGAAAAGUGGGGGCAUGGGUGCGAAGACGGGUGCUAGUGAAGCUGAGAUUCUGUUCAGGCUGAGAAAGUAUGACGAGGUGGAAGGUCGGUUGGAGGGGGCAGCCGCAUUACUAGGCACGGACACCGGACCGGGAAUGGUAGACAUACUGCGAGUUCAAGGAGACUUGUAUACCCGGCAGGAUCUGGUUGAGGAAGCAAAUCAAGUAUUCGAGUGUACCUCGAACGAGAUAGCUGGACUAGACGCAACAUUUGCGGCUGCAGAAGCUCUUCUGCCCACCACCAAAAGCCUUCCGAUACCUCGAAAGAGCACCAGCGGGAAGGAGCCACUGCUGACCGUGCCUCUGGCGCAUGUGCUCGUUCAACACGCAUGGUUGUUGCGAGAGGCUGGAACCAAAGACGAAUGCGAGAGACUUCUUGCGCGUAUCAAAGGACUGCCGCAUUCGAGAUACAUCAAGUCCCAAGAGCUUCUUCUAUAUGGCCGUAUCGCCCUUCAUGAAGCCUUCGUCCAAUUCAAGACGGAUCUUUUCAUGAGUUCCUUGACUGAGUCUGCGAUUGCAAUGCCCAUGGGUAAUCCCACCAAAAAGGCAAAUGAUCGACAAUCUUCAAGACUCAAGAUACAGUCUGUGUUGACCCGCGCCGAAAGCUCCUUUAUGUCUACACUGGACUUGGUGGCCGGCAGUGGAAGAGUAGAAGAUAUACGCCAGGCUUGCUUGGCACUGGCGCUACUGAGAGCUUUCCAGACUGCACUAGGCCUCGGAUCAUCGGCUGUCACAUCGGCCGCUGCAGACAUACUCGCCUCGAGCUCUUCCAUUACUCUUCAGCGAGAGCUUCUGCAGGCUAUUGAUUGCAAAUUCAUUGAUGUCGGUGCGAACGACAUUCAGUGGUCAUCGUCGGACGCGUCAAAGGCCUCAAAACCAAAGCCAGAGGAUGAAGACUCGGAGACUGAGUGCCUCGAUGACCACGAUGGUAAACUUCGCUCUUAUUGGGACAUGAUCAGAGAAAAGUAUAGCUCAAACCCUCUACUCACAACGGAGAGCGUUUCUCUUGAGAGUCUCCCAUCCAAUUGGGCGGUCGUCAGCGUCAAUGUCUCGGACGAUCGGAAUACCAUCUUUGUCUCACGACACCAAAAGGACCAUGAGCCAAUCGUCUUCUGUCUUCCUCUCGAUAGACAAGGACGAAGGGAGGGUGACGACGAGACCUGGACGUUCGAUGCUGCCGUCGAGGAGCUCCAGACGAUCAUACAAGCAAGCAAUGGAGGUGCAAGGAGAGCUAGAUCAAUCACCACAGCAGAAGGCAAAGUUGAAUGGUGGGCGGAAAGGCGAGCGUUGGACAAGAGGAUGGAGGAGCUUUGUGUCAACCUUGAAUUUGUGUGGCUGGGCGCGUUCAAGACGAUCUUUGCCCCCCGUAACCGCUUCAGCAAAGAAGAUCUGGCCGAAUUCCGCACCAAUCUUGAAAAGGUCUUGCAAGCUGCACUUUCUGGAGGUCGAAAUGCCAAAGGCAAAAAGGUUCCUCCUAAACUACAUCUCAACGAUGCUUUACUCGAGUGCUUUGCCGGCCUGUCCAGCAAGUGCCAAGGCGAAGAAGCGGAAGAUUUGAUCUACUUUAUGCUCGACACUUACCAGUUCCAUGGGCUGGAAGUGGCUCUGUCGGAGUUGGACAUGGACGAAAUUGCUAUUGAUAUCAAAAGCGUGUUGGAAAAGAUUGAAGCAAAGCAGGUCAAGAGCACCAACUUGACCGAAGAGCACGUCUUUUUGGCAUUGGACAAGAACGUCCAGUCCUUCCCAUGGGAGUCGAUACCGAUCUUGCGAGGGCGCCCUGUCAGUCGUAUCCCGUCAUUGUCAUUUCUUCUUGACCAGGUCGCUAUGGGCAACCACCUCCGACCUUCUUUGACUAGAAGCUUGGUUGAGCCCGGUGACCAACCGACCACUCAACGCACCGUCAACUCCAGAAGGACGUUCUAUAUCUUGAACCCUAGCGGUGAUCUUGCAAGAACCGAAUCACACUUCAAACCUUGGAUAGAUGAGAUGGUGAAGACCGCUGGGUGGAAGGGUAUUGUGGGCCGCGCGCCCACAGAGCUGGAAAUGAAGGCCGCGCUGAGAGACUAUGAUCUGGUAUUGUACUUUGGACACGGUGGUGCCGAGCAAUAUAUCAGCUCCCACAAGAUCAGAUGCCUGCCCCAGUGUGCCACGACCAUGUUAUGGGGUUGUUCCUCCGGUCACUUGAAAGACCAAGGGGACUUUGACCGAACGGGCACGGCUUGGCACUACAUGGUUGCCGGAUGUCCGUCUCUGGUGGGUAACCUUUGGGACGUCACGGACCGCGACAUCGAUCGUUUGUCCGAGCACGUACUGAAGCAAGGACUGCAUCUCGAUUCCGCCCACCAACCCCACUCCAAAAAUCGGCUCAACACUUUGCUGCCGCUCUCGGAACUCUCGACUGUUCAGGCAGUCAACAGGGCGCGAGAUGAGUGCAAGCUCAAGUACCUCAACGGGGCAGCUCCGGUGGUCUACGGACUACCUGUGUAUCUACAUUAG